AUGGCGGGCCAAGCUGCGCUGCUGCCCGUGCGCAUCGUGGCCGUCGCCCCCGGCGCCAUGGCCGGGUCUGCCGAGGCAUGGGCCGCGCCUCAGCCGAUCCUGUCAGCGCCGCUGACCGCCGCCCCCGGGAUGGCCGCCGGGGAGGCUGCGGGGGCGCCGGCGGCUGAGGUCUCCCGCUCGCCUGCGCUGCCCCAGCAGCUGCUCGUCGGCUUCUGCGGGCGGAGCGCCUCGGUGCCGCUCGGGGCGGGGGCCGGGCUCCAGGACUUGGAGGCCUCGGUGGCCAGCCGUUUCGGCCUGGCGGAGCCCUGUGACUUCGAGCUCUUGGACGCGACCGGGUCCACCGAGUUCCAGAUGCUCGUCGCUUCUGCCAAGCGCGACGGCGAUGAAGCAACGGCUCAGAAGUACUUGGCCAAGAUCGACGCUCUCACAGCCAAGCAGGAUACCUACCUCAAUAAUGAUCUUUCGUUCGGGUCCAAGUCUGGCAUUGAACGGCAUUGUGUUCUGGUGGCCAAGCUCUACACCUCGGUCGCGCUCGUCGAGUCCGCUGCUCCAGCUCAUGCCGCUGCUGGGCCAGUCCUCUCACUACGCGACCUGGUGGCGGGCAUAGUUGCCAACGCCACCAUCGACGACGGCGCCUCUUCAGCGAUUUGCGCCGACGUUGGCGAAGACACUAGUCGCCACGCCCAGAUCAAGGAGCACACCGCCAACGCUGCCAAGCAAUUCUUCGAGAGCGCCCUUCAGAGAGCUGGUGCAGCUCGGCUGGCAGGGGCGACGCUGGUGGAGCUGAGGCUGCUGCGCCUGUUGCGCCUGGAUGUGUCGCUGAGGCGGGUGUCGGGAACGGCGAAGCAGCAGCACCUCAAGCUUUUCGGCGCUUGUGCGCGGCAGCGAUGA